AUGGUUGAUCUCGUCAAGGCGGCGAACUUCGCCCCUGUACAACGGUGGAUCAAGUCGCUGGUGCCGGUGCAUGAGAGCCGUGAGUUCGGCGUGGUGCUGAUGGGUGUGGAGGUGUGCUCUGUGAAGUACGACCCCGACGACGCGAACCUCGUGGUGGAGGUGCGGCUGCAGCCGGUGCUGCACGACGCCGCGGGCAAACGCCUGCGCCUCUCCCCAACAGGGGACGAGACGAUCAUACUGAAGGAGCGCACGACGCGGCUGCUGCUGAUUGUGGAGCGGCCGGGCGAGGAUGAUGUGGUGCGCGAGCCGAUGGUCGUCCUCGAGCGCUCCGUGCAGCUCGCGUGUGCAGGGCGCGACCACAUGCAGCGUCGCCUGCCCACCGUGCAGAUUUCGGCCGACGGUGACUUCGGUGGGGACUUCGCGCGCGCCAUUCAGCCCGCGCUGCGCAUCACGCUUAACCGGCAGACGACAAAGCAGCUGCUGCGGCCGCUCUGCAGCAAUCCGCUGCUGGGCGACGGCGAGGAGGACGUGUAUAUGUACGUGCAGCAAUGGCAUCCCGACGCCCACGCGACGCUUAAGGCGAAGCUCGGGGUUGCCUCCUCCCUGCCGCCACCACCGCCAUCAUCGCCCCCGUCACCGCUCCCAGGCCAGCAGCAGCAGCCAAGUGAUGAGGCCGCUGCGGUGCCGAUGACGGAGGGCUGCCGAUACGAGGCCGCCCCGCUCUCGGGGGUGCUGCGCCGGUCAAACGACGCCAUUACGAUCAUCGCUGCCACCAUCGCGUUGCGGCGCCGGCAGUUGAGUCAACUUCCGCUCGCCACAGUGGCGCCGCAGCGACCGCCAACACCGCUCCCACCUGCGCCAGAGCCGCGGCCGGAUCUGCAGCCGCUCUAUGACGCACGUGGUUUGAUGCAGCUCGCGGAGGAGGGCGGCAGCGAUGACGACGACGACGGGGAGAAUGAGUGA